UAACGAUCAGAUUAACGUAAAGCAGCUUUACCGACAAGGAACCACUGGAAGUUCGGGGCAGCAGUCUUCAACAACCAAAGCGUUUACUUUUAGUUGCAACGUUAAGUAAUAUUUUUAUGUGCACCUUUACGAAUAUAUUUUUCUAAGUUUCCUUAAAGCCUUUGUCAGAAAAGCAAUUUGCGGUUUGAAUCUCAAGAGUUUUGAACAAGAAACCCGUCGGAAGCUAACGUUAUGUAGCACGUACGCUAAUCUCAUUUAUCCAUUUAAACGCCGUUAUUCGUUCCACAGACAUAUAAACUUUAUACUGAAGACAUGACCGAGUACAAACUUGUGGUGGUCGGUGCAGGAGGUGUGGGGAAGAGUGCUCUCACCAUCCAGCUCAUCCAGAACCACUUUGUGGAUGAAUAUGAUCCAACCAUCGAGGACUCUUACAGAAAACAGGUGGUGAUUGACGGGGAGACAUGUUUGCUGGAUAUCCUGGACACCGCAGGUCAGGAGGAGUACAGCGCCAUGAGGGACCAGUAUAUGAGGACAGGAGAGGGCUUCCUUUGUGUGUUUGCCAUCAACAACACCAAGUCCUUUGAGGAUGUUCACCUUUACAGGGAGCAGAUCAACAGAGUGAAGGACAGUGACAGCGUUCCCAUGGUGCUGGUGGGGAACAAGAGUGACCUGAGUUCACGCACCGUGGAGACACGACAGGCGCAGGAGCUCGCGCGAAGCUACGGGGUGCCGUUUGUCGAGACCUCUGCCAAAACCAGACAGGGUGUAGAAGAAGCUUUCUACUCAUUAGUUAGAGAGAUUAGGCGAUACAAAGAGACCAACCGCAGCAACAAGAAGAGCAAGAAGAACACGCAGAGACGCUGCGCAAUCCUAUAGCCACACACGCAUGCACACACACACACAAACACACCAUCUUUCUUCAGC